AUGUUUGUUCUACAAAAAUUCUCAUUUUUCAUUUUAUUAAUUCAUAUUAUUAAUGUUACUGCAAAUGAGAAAUCAAUAGAUCUUCAAGGGCCUAUGGAUGAUGAUGCUUAUUAUGAUGGUGAUCAACAAGAACCCGUACAUGUUAAUUUAUUACAAACAAUUGAUUGUACAAAUCAGUGUCCACCGUAUUGGAUUGAACCUAUUUUACAACAAAAACAAACAUUAGUUUAUCCAACAUCAGCAUUUGUUUCAUUGAAAUGUCCAUAUAAUGCUAAACCAAAAGCAAAAAUAACGUGGUUUAAAGAUGAACAAUUUUUUUCACCAGAAUUAUAUGAAUUGUUUUCAAUUGAUGGUAUAUAUUUAAAUAUUUCUAAAAUAACAAUGUAUGAAGCAGGAACGUAUACAUGUGUUAUUGAAAAUAGCUUAGGAAAAAUUAGUCGAUCAUUUCAAUUAAUUAUACAAGGGCGUAGUCUUGAUCGUCCAGUAUUUAUAUCUAAGCCAACAAAUGUGACACGAUAUGAAGGUGAUAAUGUCACAUUUGAAUGUUUAUUUUAUUCGGAUUCAAGUCCAUUUGUUCAAUGGUUUGUUCAACGAAAAUCAAUAAAAAAUAUCCAUAGACAUGAACAACAAAAUGAAUUAGAAUUUCUUAAGGAAUAUAACCCACAUACAAUGUCUGAAGAUGAAGUUAAACUAUUGACUAUUACACGUUUACAACGAAACGAUACAGGUGUUUAUCUCUGUCGUGUUUUAAAUGAAUAUGGUUUUAAUGAUUUAAUACAUCAUCUUACUGUUUUACCUGAUUAUGAACGACCUUUAUUAUUACAAAAUGUUUCAUCAAAUAAACGACAUUAUAUAUCAAGUCGAUUAUCUGAUGAAUUAAUUAUAUUAAUUGGUUGUAUUAUUGGAAUAUUACUUUUUGCAUUUCUAUUUUUUCUUAUUUAUCAUUUUCGUAAUGAAAAAAGUUUACAACAAACUUUAUUAGCAACACGUAUAUUAGCUACAAGAGGUAUUAGUAAUUUAAAAAAUAAUCAACUUUAUCGCAGUGAUAUUGAUCCAAAAACAAAAAAACUUUUAAUGGAAGAUAGUUGUCAUCAUUUUCCAACAGAAGGAACAAUAUCAACAAUUAUCUCUUCAUAUUACGAUGAUCAAUGUGAAUUUUCUCGAGAAAAUCUUUCAGUUGGUCAUCUAAUUGGAAAAGGAGCAUUUGGUUUUGUAUACGAAGGUGUAGCAAAGGAUAUUAAUCCAAAAGAAAAAGUAACAACAGUAGCAAUCAAAACAGUAAGAGACGAUGCAACACCAGAAGAAAUUGAAAACUUACUUAAAGAGUUAUCGGUAAUGAAAAUGGUUGGCAAGCAUGUUAAUAUCAUAUCAUUUCUUGGUUGUUGUACAAAAGGAGGUCAAGUUAUGUUAAUUGUUGAGUAUGCUAAAUAUGGUAAUUUACGUGAUUAUUUACGUCGUAAACGUCCACCUGGUCAUGCUCUGUCAGGUUUAUAUGAAAGUCCCUCAGAUACAGAUAAUACUGAGCAAGAAACUAUAAUUAAUGAUGAUGAUUAUGUACGUUCAUUAACAACAAUUGAUUUAAUUUUAUUUUGUGUACAAGUUGCAUCUGGAAUGGAAUAUUUGCAUUCAAAAAAAUGCAUUCAUCGUGAUCUUGCUGCUCGAAAUGUCUUAUUAGCAGAUAAUCGUAUAUGUAAAAUAGCAGAUUUUGGAUUUGCAAGAGAUUUAACACAAACAUAUUAUUAUCGAAAACAAACAGAUGGUCGUGUACCAGUUAAAUGGAUGAGUCCAGAAGCAUUAUUUGAUAGAAAAUUUUCAGUAAAAAGUGAUGUAUGGUCAUAUUCAAUAUUAGCAUGGGAAAUAAUGACAUAUGGUGGUACACCAUAUCCGUCUAUAGCUGCAGAAAAUAUGUUUGAUUAUUUACGAGAUGGUAAUCGUAUGAGUCAACCAGUUAAUUGUCCAAAUGAAAUUUUUCAAGUAAUUGAAUCAUGUUGGACGUUUAAAGAAUCAUUACGACCAACAUUUACACAAAUAUGUGGAAGUCUUCGACAUUAUUUAUAUGGUUCAUCACCAAUUGAUUAUUCCGAUUUAGAUUAUGUAGAUUUUCCACCAAUAUCAUCACCAUCAAUAAGUGAUUUUGCAUCGACAACAAUUUUACCUCUAUCAACAUCAGGUAUUGCAAGUGAUACAAAUAGUCAUAGUCAUAUAACAACAACGGCCACAUCAUCAUCAUCACUUUCUUAG